AUGGAUUGGCAGCCUCAGGAAGAGCCAUUGAGGCAGCUGGCCUGCUGUCUCCGGGAUUCGCUCAAUGGGCAAGACCGGGCAGCCCAGAAACAGGCUGAAGAGAUGCUCGUUCAGGCAACGGCGUCCCCCGACUAUGUCAACUACAUCACCUACCUCUUUUCCACCCCGCAUGCCCCUCCCGCGGUGGCCAUGGACAACAACACCUAUAGCAUGGUCCGAUUUGCCGCCGCCAUGAACCUCAAGAUCAAAAUCCACGUGGCCCACUCAACAAUCCCCCAGCCGAGCCUCGCCUACAUCCGGUCGGCCUCGAUCCUGUCUCUGCAGGACGCUGACCGCUCGGUCCAAAAAGGUGCCGGCAGCAUCAUCACCGAGCUGGUGCGUCAGGGCGGCCUUCUGGCCUGGCCUGACCUCCUCCAUGAGCUGUUGAACCUGGUCAGCAAUGCCUCUGGCGAUGUGACUCUCUCAGCUCAGGAGGGAGCCAUGUUGGCUCUGGCCAAGGUCUGCGAGGACAAUCGCAAGAUCUUGGACAGAGACUAUUCGGGCCAACGCCCGCUGGACGUCAUCAUCCCGAAACUGCUGGAAUUUACCGGCAGUGAAAGCUCUAGAAUCCGCGUGUCUGCCUUGACCAGCAUCCAUAUCUUCCUCCCGCACCAACCUCCUGCCCUGAUGGCUUCGCUCGACCUCUUCUUAUCACAACUGUUCCAACUCUCUGGUGACAAGGAUUCCGAGGUCCGCCGCAUGGUUUGCCAGUCAUUCUCUCAGCUCGUCGAGUUUGCCCCGGAGAAGCUCAUCCCACACAUGGAGGGCCUUGUCAAUUAUAUCCUCCUGCAGCAGCAGAACACGGAGGAUCCGGAGCUUGCGCUCGACGCGGCCGAGUUCUGGAUCGUUGCGGGAGAACAACAUUCGUUGAGGACUGCGCUGGCCCCCCACAUGCAGAAGAUCGUGCCCGUCUUGCUUCAAAACAUGGUGUAUGAUGAAGACGAUGUCAUCCGGUUAAUGGACGAUGAGGAUGAUGCCGAGGCCGAAGAUCGUGCGGAGGAUCUCAAGCCACAGUUUGCCAAGUCCAAGGCCGACAAGAUUGACACGUCCAAGACAGGAGAUCAGCCGAACGGUGGCAAACAACAAGCGGAGAACGACGAUGACGACCUCAGCGAAGGCGAGAUCGAAGAUUCGGAGUUCGGCGACGAUCCUGAAGAUGAGUGGACUCUGCGCAAGUGCUCUGCUGCCGCCCUGGACGUGUUCUCGAAUGUCUACCACUCGCCGAUCUUUGAUGUCAUCCUGCCAUACCUCAAAGAGACUCUGCGACAUGAGAACUGGCCCAACCGUGAGGCUGCCGUUCUCACCUUGGGUGCUGUGGCGGAUGGUUGCAUGGACGCUGUCACGCCGCACCUCCCCGAGCUGGUCCCGUAUCUGAUUUCGUUGUUGAACGAUGCUCAGCCAGUGGUGCGCCAGAUUACCUGCUGGUGCCUUGGACGCUACUCAGAAUGGGCAUCGCACCUUAGUGAUCCGACGCAGAAGGCCCAGUUUUUUGAGCCGAUGAUGGAGGGGAUCCUGCAUCGGAUGCUGGAUAACAACAAGAAGGUGCAAGAGGCAGCCUCAUCUGCAUUUGCGAGUCUGGAAGAAAAGUCGGACGACAACCUGGUUCCCUACUGCGAGCCUAUCCUUCGCCAGUUUGUCCAGUGCUUCGGCAAGUACAAGGACCGCAACAUGUACAUUCUUUAUGACUGUGUCCAAACCCUGGCCGAAUGUGUCGGGGCCGAGCUUGCCAAGCCGCAACUGGUGGAUAUCCUCAUGCCUGCUUUGAUUGACCGCUACAACCGGGUAUCAGAUGAUUCGCGAGAGCUUUUCCCCUUGCUCGAGUGUUUGGGCUACCUCGCCGCGGCCUACGGGGAUGCAUUCGCGCCAUUCGCGCCUCCUCUCUUCGCACGGUGCAGCAAAAUCGUCUAUGAGAACCUGCAGGCGUACAUGGCCUCGGUGAACAACGAAGCGUUCGAGGAGCCCGAUAAGGACUUCCUUGUAACCAGCCUGGACCUUCUCAGUGCCAUCAUCCAAGCCAUUGACCCGCAAAAGAGCGGCGAGCUUGUGGUCAACUCCCAGCCACCGUUCUUUGAUCUGCUUUGCUACUGCAUGGAGGACCCCAACUACGAGGUCCGGCAGUCAUCUUAUGCCCUGCUGGGUGACUGCGCCAUUAGCAUCUUCCCGCAGCUGGAGCCUUUCCUCCCGAAUAUCAUGCCAACUCUGGUCAAGCAACUUGACCUGGAUUUGAUUCGAGAUGAUGACCGCCACACCGGAUUCAGUGUUCUCAACAACGCUUGCUGGUCUUGCGGAGAGAUUGCCGUGAACGAGAAGGCGCAGCUUUCACCAUACGCUGACAAACUCUAUCAUGGACUCGUGAAUAUCAUCAACAACGAAGAAGUGAUCGAGUCAGUCAACGAGAACGCCGCCAUGGCUCUCGGCCGGUUGGGACUCUGCUGCUCUGACCAGCUGGCACCCCGGCUUGGUGAGUACGCGAGCUGCUUCCUGACAUCUAUGCGCAAGAUCGAGUUCACGCGCGAGAAAGCCUCUGCCUUCCUGGGCUUCAACCAAGUGAUCAUGAAGAACCCCCAUGCCAUGGAAGCGAGUCUUGCAGACUACUUCCAAACCGUCUCCGCAUUCCCGCACAAGGUAGUCACGGAAGAGGAAUACCGGGACGUCCAGAACUCAUUCCAACAGGUCCUGCUAGGAUAUAAAAACAUGAUACCCAAUUUCGAUUCCUUCCUCUCGCAGCUUCCUGCUCAUGUGGCUCAGAAGCUUCGUUUGCUCUACCAGCUUUAA